AUGGAGAACAAGAUCAUUUCCUGGAGCAACACGUCUCCAGAAGCCAUCGCUGUUAUUGAGGGAGCUCGUUCUAUCUCUUAUGGCGAACUCGUCAAAUCCGCCAAAACGAUUGCACGCUUCCUACAGGAACGAGGCGUCAGACAUGGAGAAGCUGUGGGGAUCUUGUUCGAUGUUGAUCAUCGUCAAGUUAUCGCGCAGUUAGCCAUUCUCUUUACCGGUGGAACUUGUGUUCCGAUUUCGCCCACUGCACCAUUCCAUCGCAUUGCAAGCAUGCUGAGUGAUGCCAAUGCUCAGAACGUCAUUUGUGACGAAAGUUCAACGUUCUCUGCUGAAGGUAUCACUCUUCUCCAUCUAAGUGAUGCACCAGCAUCGGAAGCAUCCACUGAUGCAACGGACACUGGUUCCUCAUGCAGUGGAUCACGUCGUACGCACAUACUGUAUACCUCUGGCUCAACUGGCAAGCCCAAGGGUGUGCAGAUCAGCAGCUCUGCCAUAAUACAUCUGGCAACCAGUACCCCAGUGACACCACUAAACCCCGGUGAUCGGGUGGCUGCGUUCAACGACCCUGGCUUUGAUCUGAGCCUCUUCGAAGUAUGGGUCACUCUUCUCAGUGGUGCCACUAUCGUCAUUAUCCCAAAGGUGGUAGUAGUCGAUUCUACUGCGCUAAAGAGCUAUCUCGAACGUCAAAAGAUUUCCAUCAUGAUUAUGCCUGCUGCUCUUUUCCAUAUCAUUGCCAAGUCAUCGCCUGAGUCUUUUCACUGUCUACGACAUCUGCUCACUGCAGGUGAUGUUGCCAAUAAGACAGCCAUGCGCGCUGUUCUUGAGCACAACCCCCCACAGCAUCUUUGGAACACAUAUGGCCCGACUGAGUGCACAACCCUUGUGACCAUGCAAGAGGUCGAUUUGAAAGAGACAUCACUUGACCAAAUUGGUAUUGGGCGUGCUGUUGGCCAUAUGAAGAUUGUCCUCAUGGAUCAAUCUCAGCAGGUUAUUCACGAUACCAGGCAGCGAGGCGAGAUCUGCAUCGCUGGGCCUCAACAAACACAAGGCUAUCUGAAUCAGCAACCUCAUGACGAGUCAAUGUUCAUUGAUCUCAACACCCCGGCACUCCAUGGGGCCAUCGGGAACACGCAGAAUGGCUGCGGCGAUCUUCGCAGUCGGUAUUACCGAACUGGCGACAUGGCCGAAUGGAGAGAUGACGGCGGCGGCCUAGAUUUCAUUGGUCGCAGAGACAACCAAUUGAAGCAUGGAAGCUUUCGAGUAGAACUUGAAGAGAUUGAAAGAAAUCUCCUCGAAAGCGAACUUGUUCAAUCCGUCAUUGUCGUGAAUCGGCCAACCCCAGAUUCAGCUGGUGUUGCGGUUCUAGUCGCGUUUGUCGUGCCAUAUGACAAAGCCACUACGAAAUUGCAAGACCUGGUAUUAGGCAAGAUUGAUCGUCUUGCCUUUUCGGAGAGCCUCCCUGAAGCGGGACCACACAUCUCCAGUUCGAUCCUCACAAAUGGGAAUGAUUCCGUUUCAUCAACAAAGGCUACACUGAAGGCUGUGUGGGAGCACAUACUGGGCGUUUCGCCUGUCAAUGAUGAUGACGACUUCAUGGCCCUUGGCGCCACCUCGCUCCAAAACGCUGCCCUUAUCGCUCGCAUCAAGAAGCAUUUGGGGCGCCUCAUUUCUAUGUAUGAUCUGUACUGCCACUCGCGCUUUGCGAGCUUGCUUCAGUUUCUUGAGAGUGACGCAGAGUCCAUCACUGCACCUAAUGAUGCGGAUAGGUGGAUCAAGGACGUCGACGUGGUGGAUGAUAUAGAAGAGACCCCAAACUGGGAAGACCCAGAUGAAGGUAAAAUCUUCUUGACUGGUGCGACUGGUUUCGUUGGUGCUUUUCUAGUCGACCAGCUUCUGCGCCAGCCAAAUAUUAAGCAAGUCGCUUGCCUGGUUCGUGGCAAAACAGAGGUCGAAGCUGCUCAUCGCCUGCAAGUCAACAUGCGAAAAUACGAUCUGUGGCCUGAUGACUUUGCUUUCACAACCAAGAUCAUGGUAUUGCCAGGGGAUAUCACUUGUCGAGACUUCGGUCUGGGAUCGGCCAAGUUUGACUGGCUUGCCAAUUGGUCCAGCGCCAUAUUUCACCUCGCUGCCAAGAUCAAUUUUUGCGACUCAUAUCAUGAGCACUACGAUACCAACAUCCUCGGAACUCGGAACAUGCUCCGUCUUGCUGCUCGAGGGCGACGCAAGACAUUUCACUACGUGUCUAGCAUCGAUACAUGGGGCCAGACGGGGUAUUUCCUAGGGACCAAGAGGGUCCUGGAAGACGAACCUCUCGGUCCCCAUAUUCAGGGUGUGAGGUAUGAUGUGGGCUACUCUCAGAGCCAGUGGACGGCUGAGGGAAUGGUUCGACGCAUGAGAGAUCGUGGUUUUCCAAUCAUUAUCUAUCGGCCCGGCUUCAUCAUUGGUCACUCUGUCACGGGAGCGAGUAAUCCCAACGACCUUGUUUCACGGCUCAUUUCCAGCUGCAUCAAACUUGGUGCGUGGCUCAAGAUCGAUCUUGAUCCGGCGUAUGUUACAGUUGACUAUGUUGUUAAGGCUAUGUUACACAUCUCACGCUCAACAAAGAACAUCGGCAAGUCAUAUUGCCUUGUUGCGCCACAGAUUGAAGAGUCAGUGUCUGUGAACAAGACUUGCUCUUUGAUCUGUCAAGCAGGCUACAAAGUGGAACUCACGAACUAUCCAGACUGGAUUGCACAAUUAUCUGAAAAGAUACUUCCUGAUGAUCCUCUUGCACCUGUCAUGCCGCUGCUGGAAGAAAAGGUCUUGGGCAAUUUUACAAGACUUGAGGUUAGCCAGCACUCUCCGGUCUAUGACUCGAGGAAUGCUAUCAAUGCUCUUGCGGGUAGCGGGAUUCAUUAUGCUACGCUGAGCCCGGAUAUAAUCAAGCGGUAUAUUGCAUUCUGGAACAAGAAGGGGUUUUACUCUAUUUAA